AUGGAUGUCUCACGUAAAGGCAUGUUUAACGCCGACGGCGAUUAUUCCGGCGAAUCUCCGCCGUGGGAGGUGCUCUACCUCGUCGCCGGUUACAUGGACGACAAAACCAUAGCCAUCGCUUCCUGUGUUUCCAAGACAUGGAACCUCAGUUUCUCCUCGGACCAACUAUGGCGGUCUCUCUGCGCGACCCGACAUCCUUAUCUCUCCGCCGUCAAGACAGCUUCUCCGGCGAUCUCUUACACGCGUCUCUACUCCAUCGCCGAGUCCGCCGCCAGACACCGCCACCUCGUGAAACGAGAGCCGAAGCCCAAGAUCUCACUGUCGGAUCUGACAUUCGUCGCGCACGUGUGGGGUACCAACGUAAACACGACGGCGGUGAAACACGGCAAGGACAUUAUGGUUCCACCAGGCGGUCCGUUCUGGUUCAGCGUCGACGUUAACCAUCAUGAUGGCUCGUCCGGAGACACAACGGAGGCGAAGGUGACGUGGAACGUGGUUUUCAGAGAAUCGGAAUCGGUCUUCACGAUGGUCGAUUGCGUCACGGAGCUGCCGAUGAUAACAUUGUUUUCCCAGGAUCUUCCGGCGCCGGAAUACUGCCUAUUCAGCAGCGGAAGCGGUUUAGCGGCGGUGGUCAAGAUACAGUUAAACCAUGAUUGGAUCAAGAGAAUGGGUUUAGGGAUACUGAAUAGGGUCGACUCGAGGUAUCUGAACGUGGACGAGGCUCUCAGAUAUCUCGAACGUUUUCUUCUCCCACAAGGCAGAGAGUGA